AAAACAUUAAGUGCUCCCACCUGUAAUGAUUUGUAACCUGAACGUACUUUGGACGCGGCUCCUUAGUCCAAAGCCACGUCGCAUACCGGUACACUUCAAUUACGCUAGCCCAUAUGGCAUGACCUCGAUACGCAUAUAUAAUUAACUAUUACGCUUUCCCUUUGUUUGGAAUUGUGUAACCAAAGGACGUUUGCCAUUGUUAAGGGUUUACUUGAGUAGUGAGCACCUGCACUAUGGAAGAUUUAGGAUUGCCAUCGCACAGGGCAAUAUUGCCAUCACGCGAAGUACUGUGCGCGAUGCUGAUCGGGCGCGAAGAAUUCCGCUUUUUGUCUUCUUCAGCGCAGCAUCUUGCAGUGCUGGAAUCCCGCAGCGUCAGUAUACCAGCAGCAGUUGUUGCUGUCAGGUUAAACGGCUUCCUGGACCUACGAAGGACAGCUGGUUAUUAUUUCGGCGGCAACUUCGUCCUUCUUGAUGGUGGCCAGAUUUGCGCUCUCGGCGACGUCUUGUCAGACCCUCCAAGCUCAGCUGAAUGGCAGGAAUUGGAGGCCGCGGCAGCGCAGCACAUCCUUUCUGGGCGCUGGAAGCACUUAACGGCUUACGAGGCCGUGGAUUGCGCGCUGCAAAUAGUGAAGCUCUGGCGGUGCGGGCAGUUGCUCCGGCAGCACGGCUUUCCGCUGCCGCCGCCGCCACCUCAGCCCACGGACACAACACCAUCACACGCUUCGCAACCACCACAGCAGCAGAAAUGGAAGGUGGACGACGCAGGUAACGGAGCAGCUGCGGUGCCUGAAGCCACGGUGAAUGCGGAAGGGGGCAACGUCUGCUCCGGACCUGGAUCCGCCUCGUACGACAAGCUGCGAAGUGCCUUGCAGCAGAUAGCGUCCUGGGACCUGCAAUCCUGUCGUACAAACGUACCGCAGUGGGCUCCCUGGAGCGAGCAGGCAGCGAUGCAGCUUGCGAGCCGCGGAGCGCCGCCGCCGCCGCUGCCAGAUCCACCGCCACUGCCUAGUCGGUCGCCGUCGCCGCCGCUGCGACCGCCGCCCUCCAGCUCACCGCCAUCACAGCCACCACCGCCGCCGCCGUCACCGCCGCCGCCGUCACCGCCGCCGCCGCCGCUUGACCCACUACCGCCGCCGCCGCCGCCACCCCUGCCGGCGGUAGACGAGCAGCACGCACCGCCACAAGAGCUACACCCGCAACUAUUGCAGCGGCAAGCACUGCCAGGGGUGCUGGAGCCGUCACUAGAGCGGACUGGAGCGCGGAAGUCGCGUUGGGGAUCUGCUGGGGAAAUCACGCAGGACGGCCCUUCUAAGGACCUGCGCCGCCAGGGGGAGCAGAGGCCGGAGCAGCAAGAACAACAAGAGGAGGGGUAUCAGAGACAGCAGCCGGGGCACCGUCGCUCCCUUGCUGCUCCUGAAGUUGAGGGGGAUGCGGCCGGCUUGCAUCCGUGUCACGUCCAGGCCGACGCAGCGGCUGCAGUGCUGCAGUCGGUGUCCCCGGAGGAAGCGGCGGCGGUGCUGAAAGCGGCCCUAGCAGCAGCCAAAGCUGCUGCUGCUGCUGCUGCUGCCGCUCCAGCGGCUCCAACGGCAGAGGCUGAGCCGUCCUCUCUAGCCCAACCUGCAGCCGGCACCGGUGCAGCUGUCAGCGGGGAUACCGGUAGUCCCGCUGGGUCUGCUAGGAGCGCUGCUGCGGCGGCGGAUACUGCUGCGGAUACCGCUGCGACUGGUGCUGCUGCUGGCAACGCCCCGGCUGGUGCUGGCGUCAAAGCUGUAGUAGUGCCCCGGCUAAAGCUGCCGGAUCCCAGCGACAGCAGCAAACACAGCCCGGUAGCUAACGGCGGUACGACAACGAGCCGUAAGCGGUGUCGGGAAGCGACUCAGGACGGACCUGCGGGCGGGAAAGAGGAGCAGAAGGACGGCGAGGGGAAGCGGCAGCCGCCCCUGUCAUCGUCGGCGUCAGGAUUGCAGCCCGGAAAGGGCCGCAGCGGGAGUAGCACUGCUCGCAGGGCAUCUCCGGAGGAUGUGGGGCGGAAUGUGCGGCGCAGG